AUGCAAACGUCAGAGUCCGGCCCGCUCGUGAUGGGCAGGCCGACGACGGUGUCGGCUUUCUCGAUUGCGCAGUUGUCCGGGUCACCGUAUCUUCCCUCGCUCUUCCAUCUGAUAAAUGUCGCCUUUGAUGGCAUUCAUCUGCGCCGACUGCCGCCAAGGCAAGGCGGCUAUCCACCUCGACUAGACAGUCCCGAGGAAAUCCUGUCUCAACUGCGCGACGAUCCACAGACAUUCAUGUUCAUCCUCAGCUUUGCCGAUAAGCUCGAAGAGAUACUAGCGACCGCCAGUUGUCGGCCAUACCUCGCCCGUGAAGGUGAUGGAGAAUCGCCCUGGGCAAGAAGGCUCGGUCCCGAAGAACAAUGCGUGGAGUGGGAAUAUAAACUGCUUGCUGUGGAUCCGAAAUACCAAGGGAAUGGUUUGGCUGUAUACUUGACGAAACUCACAGAAGAGGAGGCGGUCAGGCGGUCAAAAGCUGCGCUUGCGAAUGCAGAAAAGACUCAUGGUGGCACAGAUGCGAGGCGGGUGAGAAUGGUUCUCGUCGGGCUUAAAGAAACUACAAAUGAUUUCUACCUCAGACAAGGCUACAAAAACGAUUAUGAGAUACCUGGCGUUGCCGGCUGGCCCGUCACCGUCGUUUCAAUGUCCAAAGUCAUUGCGGAGCUUUGA